UCGUCUUGUUUCGAAACGAAUCAUAAAAUCGCUUUUCUUUCUUGUGCAAGAUUUUCCUGUAAAAUAUGCUUAUGCAUCUCUUGAUUGGCAAAUCGAUCGUCGUUCGCUCGGUGACGAAACUGUGCAGUUGAAAAGUGUCUCGGUUUGGCUUCGCCAGGAAUAAGGGCUACUUCCGUGUGAAAAUUGUGUGAGUCAACGAAAUAGCUAAUAAUGGCCAAAAGUGGAAGUGGUGACAAAAAUUGACAUGGCUAUGAAACCAGCGCAGAAAAUAAUUUCAGUCUUUUUUUUGCUGAACGGAGCAAAGAUUAUGAAGUGACAUUUGUCCUGUACGGUUCAAUUUGUAGACAGGUGUUCAAAAAGUGACGAAGAAAUCGAAAGAUUCUCAAAUCGAAGCAAUAAAACAGCGUACACGAUUCUUUUUACAUCGAUUGAAAAUUGUGUGCUGUAGGUAAAUGUGGCAUGUGGAGAAAGGGAGAAAAAAUCAAACAGUUCAAGCGAAUGGAAUCUGCAAGCGAGCAACAAGAAAAAAUGAACGGAAAAACUAGGCCUACUUUCUAAAAAUGGCCUUGUCGCACAGCUUGAGUUUGGAAAAUAAUGUUCUACUCGGAAGAAGAAUUUGAGUCCCAAACUUUUGCUGAAUUGCUAUGAUCAACCAAAUAUAACAGCGAGUGCUCUUUAAAUGGCAAAUACCAAUGCGGAUAUCAUCCAUGGCAGUGGGUCUUCUUCUGCGGUAGCUCAGGAUUCGGCAAUUCAGGCUUUCAUCCAUCAGCAACAGCUGCCCGCAAGAGCAUUGUCGACAUCCAAUGCACAAGUGUACGCAUCCAAAAAUCAGUUUCAGAAAAUCGUGCAGCAGCAAAAUGUUUAUAGUGAUGUACAACAUCCUCAAAGGAUACAACAUUUGGCCGAGGGUACACAGCUUCAGGUGCACUCGGUCCCUCCUGUGCUGGUGCAAUCGAAGUUUUCCACGGUUAGAGAAAGCUCUAACAAUAUAGUGCUUUCCCAGAGUCAUAACCGUUUCAUGUCCGGUAAUAGCGAUGGUUUUAACCCAUCGGAAGAAUUUAAAUCAAGUGAAGUGAAAAAUGCUUAUGUAAAUAUAGUUAGCGCAAAUCAAUCGUUAGAUGUUUCAAAUAUGGCAAAUAACGUGAACCUAUCAAAAGAGAAUAGGAGUAAUCUCAAUGCAGAUAUUUAUCGACUUGAACGUGAAGUAGGUGGGAAUGUAACGGAAAACAUGGAUAAAAAAGGCAGCAGUAAUACGUUGGAUAACUUCAACGUUGCUCCUGGAUGGCGGAGGAUAAAGUACAACGGAGAGAUUAUUUAUAUCAGCCCUUCCGGAGCGCCCCUUCGAACCAUUGAUCAAGUUAAGGAAUAUUUACUAAGUGUUGGCACCUGUAAAUGUGGUCUUCCCUGUCCCUUCCGCCCAGAAACGUUUUUCGAAUUUGACGUACAGGUUCCAAAUAUUUUACCAAGUUUGAGCCGGAGUAUCGUUAAUCAUCUAUGUCUUCACCAGUCACGAUUCAGUGAUAAAAAUGACGUAGCUAAGCAGGGAGUCAAAGUCGUUUCGUAUAAUCAAAGUGAUGUGAAAUCGGAAUCUCGUAUGGAAUCUCUCCAUCAAGGAUCAGAUUACUAUCGUGUUUCUGAAUCAGAAAUAUCAGGCUCCAAUAGCAUAGCAUCAGAAAAAUCAAUACCAUCAACAAACCAAGUCAACUUCGAAUCGACAAAUGCUACAAGACAGGAUAUUAAGCAAGUAUUUCAUCAAUCUGCGAAAGAAACUGUCAGUAUUACUCGAUCUAAAACACCACCUUGGAGAAAAAAUACAACGAAUUCUUCAACUACGGCUGUGAGCAUAAAUCAUCUACAGCAACAAUAUCAAACGACGCAACAUAGUCAAAAUCUAUCUCCAAUGAAAUCUGUUGUACAAAAUGUAAAUCAAAUUGAACAGAUGAACAAAAAACAUAUGCUUUCAGAAAGUGCAAAUUCGUCAAAUGUGUUGCAAGGAAAGUGGACUGUGGAAUCAUCUGCAAAGGGUUACAGCGUGGCCAGGAAACGGCCCAAUUUUAAAGAUGAUCCAACAGGAUAUCUGAAUCAUCAAACGGCUAUGUUACACAACUCAAUCUCCACGCUGCAUAGUCCGGAUGGAUCAUCCUCUUCUAGAGAAAGUCCGCAAUUGAAAUCGACAUUGAGUUUUGAACCCGACGACCCAGCUAAUGUCGUGCGGGAAGAUGAAAGUAAUACCUCUUCUUCUUCUUUAAACUCUACGAGCAUUGGGGGGCAAACUGUGACACAUAUUGCAAACGGAAUGGUCCAAGUGCAGUUGAACUGUGAUAUUAGUAAUUUAAAACUGCAACAACAGUUGCAAUUCCAACAGCAACUUCAACGUCAAAACCAACUCGUGCGGCAGCAUAAUGAGCAAAUCCAACUUUUACAACAGCAACAACCGUCUACUGAAGAUAGUAGCUCGAAGGUGGUUCGAUUUAGUAGCAUAGUACAAGAUCAAGCUACACCUACAAGUAGAACACCAGAUGUUACUUCGACCUCCUCGAGUACACCUGAACUAAAAGGGCCUAUUCAGGGAGGAAUUGUUACAACAAGCGACCGAGCGAUUCAACAUGACGAAAAUAUUGUCAUUGUUCAGCAGUCUCGUUCUCCGGAUAUUCAUUUAAUGAGAAGUCCAAUAGCGGAUCAUGUAAUGUCCAAACCAAAAAACAACAUAAUAUCAGACAUAAAUUCUAUGGAUACAAUACAUGGACUUAAAAAUGCAGUGAAAGAUGUCAAGAUAGAACAAGAUAGCAGUACUCGUGUGAGCCCGUCUUUUGAAAAAAUAGAUAAACCUUAUCUUCAAAACCAAUCAGUAAACCACCAAAAUCUAAUGAACGUCUCUCAAAACAAAAUAGGACAAAACCAGAGUUCAAUAGUAUCACAUAGCCCCCAACAACAAGUGCUAAUGACUUCAAACGGACAAAUCAUUGUAAUGUCUGCACCGUCUAAUAAACAUCCAGGCCAAGUUGUUCUGAGCGGGAAUGCAACGACAGCAAAUAUGAUCAUCCCCCAGCAAUCAGGAACACAAUACUUGAACAUAACUGGAAAUUCUGCAAUCAUGGGCACAACAGUAGCGACAAAUGCUAACAAUGUUGGUGUUCUCCAAAACGUUGCCAAACAGCAGACUUUUGUUCAGAGCAAUCAUCACUCAACCCAAGAACAAAAUUUUGUGAUAAAUUCCAACGGUAUGCAAUCAACAAUGAUACUGAACAAUGGGAAUGUCAUGCAGACAAGCGGCCCUCAGGUUCUUAGUGCUUCUCCCAACAAUUCGGGAAAUGUGCUGUCUAACGCUUCUGGAGGCAAAGUCAUCUCCGGAGAGAAUACAACUUGUAAUCCAUCUCCCCACGCUAUCCCGUCUAAUAAUACAGGAAUGAUUUUGAAUAAUAUACAGAACAGUAUUGUCAUUCAACCAAAUUUUAACAACCCUGUGGAAAGAACUGGACAAAUGGUAAGCCCAGUAAUUAAUCAGGAUGCUCACACGCUCUACGUUCAGCCCGCAAAUCAACAGAGUCAAGUUUUGUGUUCCCCAGAUCUGAAACGCAAAGCCAAAAAACGAAAAAGUGACGGAGUGGCUAGUACUAUGUUAUCGCCCAAUAGCAUUCCUCAACAAACUGCCCAUCUGUCGACAGUUACUCAUCAACCAUCCGCUUUGCCAACAGUAAACCCUUCGCGAACUAUGCUGCAACUAACGCCACAGUAUCAGCAACAAAAUUUUCAGCUCAGUUCUGGCUUGCAAGGGGUAACUAUUGUUCCGAACAAAGUCACUCAUCAAGCUUCACAACAGCAGCAAAUAAUUCUGCAAAAUGGACAGAUUAUCACACACCCAUACAAUAUUGUUAGUCAACAGGUUCUGCUACCAGCUGGUUUGGUAGUAACGCCAGAUGCCACGUUAGUGCAAAUUCAGAACAUGACAUCUUGCGGUAGUGUGAUAACCACUCCACAGGGAAUGGUUAUCCGUGCACAAAGCCCACAUCAACCGAAAAGUUUUCUUUCCCCAAAUCCAACAUCUAAUCAGCAGUUCAUGGUAAAUAGCAAUGGACAGGUUAGUCCUAUGGCCCCUAAUACUCAGAUCUAUGGAAAUUCAGUAAACAUUGUGAUGCCUCAACAACAAUCCACUUCUGUUGCCACUGCAUCUUUUGUGCAACAGAAUGCAGCAACGCUUAUGCAUCAGCAGCAAGCUAAUAUGAUUCAUCAAUCUGCUAUUCAAAUAGCUGCACAACCAUCCGCCCUCAAUACAAGCUCCGAGAGUUGUAGCGCAAGCAGUAGCACCAACGAUCUGUCGUCGCUUCCGAUAACUGCUCAGCAGUUACAGCAUUAUCACAGUUCGGCACCGAUGCAGUUAAAAAGUCAAACCUCUUCGUACAUGUCGACUACAGUUUCGCCCCCCGAUACCACAACUCAUAGCCCAAACAGCCCGGAUUGCGGAUCCAGCGAGAAAAGUGUGAGCAGUGCUGAUAGCUUGAAUAUGGCGAUGGUCCAAUGUGUGUCAAGUUCGGAGCCGGAUAUUCUUCUACCAGCUAACCCGGAUGGAACAAGUUCGCCGCCUGAAACAGUCGAUUACACAGAUCAGGAAGGAUGUUUUCCUCAACAAAGGACGGUCCACAAAGUUUAUGAAAUAAAACCGCGGCGGCUUCAAAUGCCUACAACAACCUCACAUCAGGCGCAGCGAAGCAUAGUCGGCGAUAACACGAGUGGCCCACGAUCGCAUUACACCACACUAGUUUCGCACAGCCCAUCGCCUGUCCAUUCCGUUCAAACCGAUUCACAUGAAAUUGCGGCGUUAGGUGAGAGUAAUUCGAUCGAACUGGGAUGCAAUGUCGCAGGAACUUCCGUACGAAAGUCGCCUUUCAAAGUGGGCGAAGUGGUGUGGGGUGCGGUUCGUGGCUUCCCGGCCUGGCCUGGAAAAGUGAUCGAACCUCCCGAUGGCGCUGGAACCCUUCCCCCCGAUAACGAUAACUGCGUCUGGGUUUGCUGGUUUGGAAGUCGGGCCAGCGUCCAAUUGGUCGAUGUAAGCGGAUUGAAGACCCUGUCCGAGGGAUUGGAAGCUCACCAUCGAGCGCAAAAGGAUGCAAGAAAAGGACGAAAGCUGAACUCUCAACUGGAACGUGCCAUUCAAGAAGCAAUGACGGAACUAGACAGGGCUUCCAAUACACCAUCACCGGCUAAUGUCGUCGUGAGUGGAACCGGUCCUUUGCCCAACCCUGGAACAACGAAAACUGUAACACUAAAGGCAUCACCGACCAGUAGCACCACGAACGCAAUGGUUGGUGGUGACAAUUCCAGCAGCAUUCAUCCUUCUUUCGGGAGGUCCCCUAUCAAAUCUUCCCGAGGGAUCGCAAAAUCGAAGCUAGUCAAAAUAGCUCCUGCCCCACCUAUGAUUGCCGAAGCACGUUCUCUACUGAACGCUGUUAGCAAUAAUAAUAAUAGUAAUAGUAAUUAUAAUGGAACGAACGAUUCCAUCACUACUUUUGGAUUGCACUUGAAGUGAAAACCAGACAAAUUCACAAUGCACUGGUUUUUAGUUUAAGAUGAUAGGUAGCUGUGAUAGGUACUUCGUCUUCGUUUGGUAAGUACUCAAAUUUGUUUUUCUUUUAAGCAGCAAAAAAUAUUAGUUCUUAAAUGAAGAACCUCUUCAACAAGCUUGAGACGUAUGUAAAGUACAUGGGUUAAAAUCAAACUAAGAAAUCGAAACUAAGGAUUAUAACUACAUGCGAAAAAGCAACACUUUCUUUGUCGUGUAACUUUUUGUUGCAUGCGUAACAGUUAUGAUAUAUUCACAUGUGCAAAUUUCGUCACAAUCGGUCUAAUCGGUUAUCCAGAUAUGUGGCUACGUUUUUACGCUUUUGAAACACAAAAAAAAAUUCUGAGGCUUAGUUCCGAAAAAAAAAACAAGAAAAACAAGCAGUUUUGAUAGUUUGGUGCUAUCUUAACACUAAACAUACCGACACUUUGUAUAUACCUAUUUAUAACGCGAGCGGUCAAAUGACGGCAAACACUUUUUUCGCUGAACCUCUCUUGUUUCUCAACCGAUUUAAAAAAAAAUUGGAAAGCUUGUAAUGUGACUCAAAUAUGAUUCUCAGAUGAUUGCGGUAUAAAUCAGUAUACCACAUGCAUUAUUCGAAAACCAUAAAACUUAGAAAAAUUUUAAUAAUGAAAAAAUACUUUGAUUUUAAAAAUAAAAAUAGUCCUGUAGUUAAAUUUGCGAAAAAAAAUUAUAUUACGUUUAAUCAUCAUUUAAAGUUCAAAAACCGCCAUUUGACCGCCUCCGGUACGUUUAGUGUUAAAAAUCACUGGUCUAGUUGCAACUUGCAACAACAUUUUGCACAUGUAAGAGCGCCACGCUUUACCCAGCGAGAGAAGUGUUGCGUUUUUUUCGAGCACAGUUUUUUUUUAAUUUUUUUAUUGGCUUUACCUCUAUAACAUAACCGGCCAAGUGUUAAUUACUCUUCUACUUACAUGUCUAUUUUACAUUCAAUUACAAAAUUAGCUAUCGUUUUAUAUAAUUCAAUGUCUUUCUUUUUUAGUAUCAAAUGAAUAUCGGGUGGAAUUCCUUUUUUCAUUAAAAUUCGCCAAAUAGGUCUACGAAGAUUUUCAAAUCUGCUGCAUGCGAAGAUAAUGUGAUCAGGAUCUGCGAUGGAUUCGCCACAACUGCACGUCGCGUCCAAUAGGAUACCAUUUCUAGUCAGAUGAGCAGGGAGCCGUGAAUGAUUUGAUAUUAAUUUGGAAAGGAUUACAAUUUGUCUGCGGUUGAGAUCCAAGCUACUAAACCAUGGUUGGAGCGAAACGUUAAAGAUGAUGCUGUGACAGAAACGUCCUUUAGUUCCUGCAUUCCACUUUGCUUGCCAUUUGUGCACUGUUGUACGCCGAAUCGGAAACUGGAUGUCGAAUGAUGUUAAAAUAUAAUCUGCUGUACCACCACUGA